GAUACGAUUGGGCUAGAUGAACGGCCCGUUUCCCCGCAUCUCCGCUUUAAAUGAUCCUCGGCAGGCAAGAACCCCACGGCGAGUAGUUAGUCCGCAUCCGCUCAGGUUUGCUUUGCUGAUCUGCUGUUAAUCACAAAAGGUUUCAUAAUUAAAUACUUGGCAUGUGUCUUCGAUUUCGAUUUCUUCCUCUUGUCAACCGUUAAUCAAAUAAUAUGUCUGCAUCGAAGAUAAGCCCCUUAUCAACCCUCUCGGCGCCCCUCCGCCUCGCGCUCUUUGACGCCCGCGUUACGGCCCCCCUCCUCGUCGCUCUUCUCUACUACCCCGAGAAACUUCGAGAGCUCUUGCCCGAGAGAGUACAUCCUCUCAUCACCUCACGAGCCGUAAUCCGCACUCUCUCCAUUCUCCUCGGACUGAGUAUCCUGCGAGGUGUGAAUGGGAAGCUGAGUCAAUGGAGCGCGAAUAACUGGAAGAAAGAUGCGAAGUUCGUGAAGAGUCAGGAGCUGAUUCUGAUUUCGGGGGGUACCAGUGGGAUUGGGAAGUUGAUGGCUGAGGACUUUGCGAGGAGAGGGGUGAAAGUUGUUAUCUUGGAUUUGAAUCCGCCGAAGGCUGCUUUGCCAUCGGGGAUACAUUUCUACCAAUGCGAUGUCACGAGCUCGGAGAGAAUUGCGGCGACUGCAGCUCAGAUCCGCAGGGAACAUGGUCAUCCAACUGUCUUGAUCAACAAUGCUGGGAUUGGUACCGGGCUUCCUAUCCUCGACAGCACGGAGCAGAUUAUCCAGAAGACGUUCGAGGUCAACACUAUCUCGCAUUUCUGGAUGGUGAGGGAGUUCCUCCCGGCGAUGAUCAAGAGGAACCAUGGUCAUGUGGUGACUAUUGCGAGUAUGGCGUCGUUUAUGUGCGCUUCAAAUAUCGUGGACUAUGGUUGCACGAAAGCGAGUGCGCUGGCUUUCCAUGAGGGCUUGCAUCAGGAAUUGAGGGCGAGAUAUAAUGCCCCGAAUGUCCGGACAACGGUUGUCAAUCCAACUUGGAUUCGCACCCCGCUGAUUGAACCUCUGACUUCGCAUCCGAAGUUCACCGACAAGGUCCUGGAGCCCGAGGAUGUAUCGACGGCUGUUGUGGAUCAAGUCUUGUCUGGCAGAGGUGGCCAACUGGUGUUGCCUACGAGUAUGAGUCUCCUUUCGGGCAUUCGGGGAUGGCCGACUUGGCUCUCGAUCGGGUUGAGGAACAAAGUCUCCGAUGUGGCUAAAGGCUUGGACGGCAUUGACGUCGAGGCUGCGAAGAGAGAUGACAGGGAUCCGGAGAGGUGGGCAAAUUUCAGGAAGCAGACAUGAAGCAUGAACAGAUCAGAGAGCAAAUUUUUAUGUAGAAAACUCUUUCUGCGCUUGAAGACUCGUCAUUUGAUGGAGUCUGAUGUAUGAGGGAGGGGUGAUGCUGCAACAUCGUUGGGGAAACAAGAAUUAAUAUGGACUUUCAUCGAGGUUGCUCCAUGUGUAGGACAAUCCGGAUGCUUCCGAUUCCGAAAUAGAAUUUGACUUUUGG